CCAUGCGCGAGACUACAGAGGAGGGAGGAGAGACCGAGAACGGGAGAAGGGCCGCCAUUAUUGGGAAGCUGAAAAAACACAUUAACGCACACAUUCACACACGCACCGUCACUGGAUUUCGCCUUUAUGCUGCGAGAAGUCCUUUUUUCCGCUGGAGACCUGCGCUGUUCCUCACACUGACGCCUGAAAUGUGUGAUAAACAUGGACAACUCAAGAUAUUUUGGACACAACAAAGGAAAUUAUAAGUGCUCAAAAACAACGUGGUGAACCCAAGGGAAGACACAGCGAUACAAAGCUGUUUUUCCCUCUCUCUCCUUCAACGCCCCCUCCUUUCCAACAAGAAACAGUGAUCUGAUAUUCCAGUCUGGUUUUUCCUCGAUCCUUUUUUUGUGUCUUUUGUGCUGCAUUUGGGAAGAGAAACGCACAUCAGAUUGUUGAAAACUUUCAGAAUACAAUCAGUCAUUGAAGGAGGAGAUUGUGUUGCGAUCGGACAGCCGCAGAAGGGAAACGCCGAUGUUUAUGGGACUACUGCUGGACCAUUAAUAUUGUUAUUCCUCAUCUUGAUGAAUUUCUGAGCCGGUUUACUGCUGCUGCUGCAGAUAAAGGAGUGAAAGAGAAGAGAGAGGGAGGCAUGCUGUGGGUCAGAUCCAGUCUGGGCAAAACUGAAACCUACAAUAUUUCUUUGUCAAAGUGCCCCUAAAGAGAGGAGAUGGGCUGGAAUAUUACCACCUGCAGCACACCUGCCUAAGUCCACAGGGACUCCUCUCCCCCACCCUCAAACCCCAUUCCCUUUUUCCCUUUUUAAACCUCUGCCAAAAUCGUGAAUGGCCAGAUGACUGUGGAUUUAUAGUUUGAUCAUUAAGGGGAUUGGACAGACAUACCCUACAUGGAAAAAAAACCCUAAAGCAACUUUCAGGAUCAUUAGAAAUAAAUUAUUUGCCAGGCCUGAAAGCAUUUGGAUGGAACCUCAGCCCAGCAGCUUUCAAACUAGAGCUUCUGGGAAUGGCAAGAUGAGCGCUGUCAUACGGUGAUGAUGGCAAAAAAACAAGAUGCCCGGGCACUAACCUACAACCUUGUUGUGGUAGGUUUGUCCGGGACUGAAAAGGAGAAGGGGCAAUGUGGGGUAGGCAAGUCCUGCCUUUGUAAUCGCUUUGUUCGCCCCAGUGCUGAUGACUUUUAUUUGGACCACACAUCUGUUUUAAGCACAAGUGACUUUGGUGGUAGAGUGGUAAACAAUGACCACUUCCUGUUUUGGGGCGAGGCGGUACGAAUGUUGGAGGAUGGUGCUGAGUGUCGAAUGCAUGUGGUGGAACAGACAGAGUUUAUUGAUGACCAAACGUUCCAGCCACAUCGAAGCACUGCCUUACAGCCCUAUAUCAAGCGGGCAGCUUCCCCCAAACUGGCCUCUGCUGAGAAGCUUAUGUAUUUCUGCACAGAUCAACUAGGACUAGAGCAAGACUUUGAGCAGAAGCAAAUGCCUGAAGGCAAGCUUUUAGUGGAUGGAUUCUUACUCUGUGUAGAUGUAAGCAGGGGUAUGAACCGAAACUUUGAUGACCAGAUGAAGUUCGUCACCAAUCUAUAUAACCAGCUAGGUAAGACCAAGAAGCCAGUUGUACUUGUGUUGACCAAGUGUGAUGAAGGGGUUGAGCGGUACAUUAAAGACUCUCACACCUUUGCCUUGACCAAGAAGAAUUUGCAGGUUGUUGAGACCUCAGCACGCUCUAACGUUAAUGUUGACCUUGCCUUCCUUACCUUGGUGCAGUUGAUAGAUAAGAGUAGAGGGAAGCCCAAGAUCAUUCCUUACUUUGAAGCCCUCAAGCAGCAGAGUCAGCAGAUAGCAUCCGCUAAGGACCGCUAUGAGUGGCUGGUUAGCCGAAUUGUGAAGAACCAUAAUGAAACAUGGCCCAACACCAACCGUAGAAUGCAGACAUCACCUGAAUACAAAGAGUAUGUCUUCCUUGAGGGUACUUCCAAGGCCAAGAAACUAUUCCAGCAACAUGUACACAGACUCAAGCAAGAGCACAUAGAAAAGCGACGUAAAAUUUAUCUCAGCACACUCCCACAGGCUCUCAACUCAUUGGUUCCAGACCUGGAUGAGAUUGAUCACCUGAGCUGGUCAGGAGUACAGAAAGUUCUUGAGACUAAGCGGGAGUUCUCCCACUGGUUUGUCAUAUUGGAUGACACACCAUGGGAAACUACACCACACAUUGACAACAUGGAGGAUGAACGCAUUCCCCAGGACCUUUUGGAAACCCCUGUCGCAGAGGCAAUCUAUGAGAGUCACUUAGAACACCUGCGCAAUGAGCGAAAGAGGGCAGAAAUGCGUUUUGAGUUCAAAGAGAAACUUGCAUCGUCGCCAUUUGUUACACCUGGCAAACCUUGGGAGGAAGCUCGUAGCUUCAUCAUGAAUGAGGAGUUUUAUCAGUGGCUGGAGGAGCCAGAGUACCUUGAUAUCUAUAACAAAUACCAGAAGAUUAUUAUUGACCAAGCCAAAGAGGACUUCCAAGAACUUUUGCUGGAGUACUCUGAGUUGUUUUAUGAGCUUGAAGUUGAUGCCAAGCCCAGUAAAGAAAAAAUGGGUGCCAUCCAAGAGGUUCUUGGAGAAGAGCAGAGGUUCAAGGCUCUCCAAAAGCUUCAGGCUGAGAGAGAUGCCCUGGUGCUCAAACAUAUCCAUUUUGUAUACCAUCCAACUAAGGAAACCUGUCCUAGUAGUCCACAUUGUGUGGAUGGCAAAAUUGAGCAACACUUGGCCCUUCGUUUUCCCACUCGAUAUUCCUUUGAUGGGAGCUCAAAAUCACAGUUUGGUGAGGGAAAGGUAGACAGAAUUAAUCUCGUAAUUCUUGGCAAAGAUGGACUUGCAAGAGAGUUAGCUAAUGAGAUCAGAGCACUGUGCACCAACGAUGAACGGUUUGUGCUAGAUGGAAGGACUUAUGAACUGGCUCUUCGACCUAUAGAAGGAAAUGUACGCCUUCCAGUAAAUUCCUUCCAUACCCCCACUUUCACACCACAUGGUUGCAUCUGCCUCUACAACUCAAAGGAAUCCUUAUCCUAUGUUGUUGACAGUAUUGAGAAAUUACGAGAAUCAACCAUAGGCCGAAGGGACACUAAUCUAGUUCAGCUUCCCUUGUCUCUUCUGUUGGUCACCAAAAGAGGUGUCGGUUCAAUUUCUGACAUUGGGGGUGAAACCGCUCAAAGCCUCAUCCAACACGGUCAACAAGUGGCUGGCAAAUUUCAGUGCAGUUAUUUAGAGCCUGCUUCCCCAGGUGUGGGCUAUGGACGCAAUAUAAAUGAGAAACAUUUAAACCAGAUUCUCAAAGGUCUGUUAGACACACGAAGACCGUCAGUUAGUCUUGGCAGUAGCUCCCCACCCUUGUUGCCUGCACUUGCAGGUUUCAGAGACUCUCAGCAGAACACAGAGGCUGACUUACGAAUUGUAAUGUGUCUAAUGUGUGGAGAUACUUAUGAUGUUGACCAGCUUCUUUCACCAUUCUUGCUGCCCCAGCACUGUCGGCCCUCUUCCAAUCUAUCCAGUGGAACAUCAGUUUUGUUGGAUUUAUCUAUUGGUGGCCAAAGGCAAAGCAUUGAUCUUGCUGUUCUAUCUUACCACUCAUCUUUUUCCUUGCGUAAAAGCAGAUUGGUGCAUGGUUACAUAGCAGUGUACUCAGCCAAACGAAAGGCUUCCAUGGAAACCCUUUGUGCCUUCCUUUGUGAGGUCCAAGACAUUAUUCCAGUGCAGUUGCUUGCUGUUGCAGAGACUCAAUCGGAACUUGCAGACUCUGAGGCUGUCCGAGAGCAGCUUGCCCAAGGGGAGGAACUGGCCCAUGAAAUUGACGCACGUUUCAGCUCUGUGAUCUGUGGACCUGGUGGUGUGGUGGGAGGAUUGCAUCGGAUAGACCACUUCCAGCCAUUCUUUAAGGAGGUAGUGGAGAAAAAAACCAUUGUAGAGGCAACACAUAUGUAUGACAAUGUUGCAGAGAAUGUCACCAGUAGUGAGAAUGUUUCUUCACCUCGAUGUGGCUCUCCAAGCAUCACGUUGCUGGACUCUGAGGAUGACAUUGAGCCCUCCCCACCUUAUCCCACCCUAAGGGAUGAUGGCACCUUGACCCAUGGUGGAGGUUUCAAGCUCCCUGAUUUGGAAGGUGAUGCCUUCUCGCUCAUCUCUGAUAUCACCACUUUUGAAAACAAGCUUAACAACAAAGUCCCACCUCAGGUGCGACCAAAGCCCAAUGUUACCUUUGACAUUCCCAAAGCCCAAAACAUCAGUUCAUACAUGGACCUGGGCCUACAUGGACCUAACAGGCGCUCAUUAGUCACCUGGCCACCAGGAACUGAAGGUGGUUAUGAUCCAUCUGACUAUGCUGAACCCAUGGAUGCAGUAGCAAAGCCUCGUCCCACAGAAGAGGAGAAUAUUUAUUCUGUACCACAUGACAGCACACAGGGCAAGAUCAUCACUAUUCGCAAUGCAAACAAGAGUCAUUCUAAUGGUGCGGGAAAUGGAUCAGACAGCGAGGCUGAUAGCAGUUCAUUAGAGCGUAGACGAAAACUGUCUGCUCUUGGAGUUAAACCUCGGCUAUAUCGUGAUCGCUCCAAACGUCUUGGAAAGUUUAGCAGCUUCCGCACAAGCUUUAUUGGAAGUGAUGAUGAGCUUGGAGGUCUCCCCAAGACUAAAGAGGAUGAGCUUGGUGCACAGAAAGGGGACAGUUCCUUAAAUGAAGAAGGCGAGGACCCAAAGAGGAGGAAUAUCUUGAGAAGUCUUGGUAGAAGAACUACAAAGAAAACGCGGCCAAAGGCUCGUCAGUCAUCAUUGUCCAAACCUCUUGAGAGUAACUACUUUGGAGUUCCCUUGGCCAACGUUGUCUCGGCUGAGCGGCCCAUUCCACUCUUCAUCGAAAAGUGUAUUCGUUACAUUGAGACUACAGGGUUGAGCACAGAGGGAAUCUACAGGGUGAGUGGAAAUAAGGCGGAGAUGGAAAGCAUGCAGCGACAGUUUGACCAGGACCCUAACAUUGACCUGAUCGAGAAGGACCUGUCUGUGAACACAGUGGCUGGAGCUAUGAAGAGCUUCUUCUCGGAGCUUCCCGAUCCUCUGGUACCCUACAGCAUGCAGGUGGAGCUGGUGGAGGCCUUCAAAAUCAAUGAUCGAGAGCAGCGUCUCCACACCAUGAAGGACGUGCUACGCAGGUUCCCUCGAGAAAACUACGACGUCUUCAAAUACGUCAUCACUCACCUGAACAAGGUGAGUCAAAACAGCCGGCUGAACCUGAUGACCAGCGAGAAUUUGUCCAUCUGUUUCUGGCCGACGCUAAUGCGGCCCGAUUUCACCACCAUGGAUGCGCUGACGGCCACUCGCACCUACCAGACAAUCAUCGAGACCUUUAUCCACCAGUGUGCUUUUUUCUUCUACAAUCAACCCUUGGCCGACACACCCAGCGGCCUGUCCGGACAGCCCGCCUCGCCUACCACCACCUUGUCUUCUGCCUCCUCCAUACCGGGCUCCGCCUACUCCGCCUGUUACGCCCCACUGCAACCCAUAGCUCCGCCUUUCAGUCCCGCCCAACAGUCCCCGCCCCAUUCUCCACCUCCUACCCCUCAAUCCCCAAUCCAGAGCCUGCUCCCUCCGCUCCACCCUCAUCACACCCCUACGGAACAACACACGCUGUGAACCUGCAGACGAGGAGGAGAACUUUGGGAGCACUGAAUGAGAUUAAUUAAAUGGAAGAAAUUUCCGAGGAGAUUGCACGGCUGUGCCUGACUUAUCGCAAGCAAAAGCAGACGAGGAACGAGAAAGAAAGAGGUCAAGAGUCCAUGAGCUGCGUCAACCACACUUCAUCGCCCUCUUUCUGCAUCACGCUACUCCAUAAAUUGCAGCGCCGCUCUGUCCCUUUACGCUCCUCGCACACACACACACACACACACACACACACAUACAUAUACAACUGCACAUGAAGUGUGGUACCCCCAAACUCAGAUUUCUUUAUGGGUCCACGUGACGUAGAUGCCACACUUGUCUUCGUCGACCAAUGGGCUGAACCCCACCACUGUACGCAACCUCCUAGGAUUAAGGUUAAGCGGGCCGACAGGGAGGCCUAUAUAUUCACCAGAUAUUUGUUGCAGCUUUCGACCGUUGUUAUUAUCAAAUUUCUGACGCAGCAACACGACCACAUUCCUGCUCCUUAUUUAUCCUGUUUCGCUUUUACAGAGGGACGAAAAUCAAAAGACAAAACCAGAACUUGAUGAACUGGAUCUAGUUUUGCUCGGAUGGAUGUGUUUGGAAUGCUUUCGCACAGCAUUCUGGGAUUUGAAGUCUUUUCCGCACCUGUAUCUCUCGUCACAUCCAGAACAUGCUGGAAGACUAAUGCUUCUUUUAUUGCAGAAUGUCCUCACAUCCACACAACCCUCGAUUUCCUGUUCCAUGAGGGUCUUUUUUCAUUGUCUGUUCGUUUGGGAGAUGUAUUAUUUUUCUUUGUACACGUUUGCAGGAAGUCCCUCCCUUCUAGCUCAUGUUAGAUUUGUGGACUACUUUUUUGUGCAACGAGUGGUGACUUUUAAGGAUGGGUUAGGUUGUGGUCCACCUGCAUUUGGAGGGGAGGUAUGCACUAAAUCAAGAGUUACCUCACGACGUGAGUUCUGGAAGGUAAAGGAAGUUUGCACUAGAGGAGACGCUGUCUACCUGUAACUAUUCAGAUGGCAAUGAAUCAGUGAACUGUGGAAGCCUAGAGAAGGGACGAUGGUAGUAAAGAUAGAUGGAAAUAACGCCUUUUGGGAGUCUUUAAUGUGUUUGAAAUCAGAGACGCCGAUUUUAUGAGCUUGCAGUUAGUGGCUUUUGUCAAGUCUAACUAAAUAUCUGUACUUCAGAGUUGACCUCAGAAGGACGACAUUGUUUAUAAAAUCCCAAAAGUUUUAAAAAGAAAGAUUAGGGGAAGAAAACGUGGGCACGGAAACAGGAAAGUUAACGUGGUUGCUUGUGACUAGACUUUUCCCUUAGUCGGCUCUUGGAGCACAACACUACCACCCAGUGGACAAAGCGGGUGUUGCAUGUUAAAAUUCAGUCCGUUUUCAUGCUAAUGCUACAUUUUUGUUCGUUUUUCUAGAAAAUGCUGGACGCAUUUAAUGUCACAUCGAUUCACUUUGUAGCAAAAUUACUAAAAAUAAAUUAGAAAUACCAAUAUUCCCCAACACUUAUACCUUGUUAAGUGAGUUUACUCACUCCAAAUUAGAUCAUUUUCUAUGACUUUUAGUUAAUUUGAACGUUUGUUGUGAGCCAUGGUUUUCAAGUGGAGCAGACAUUGUGAAACUGUGAAACAAUCACGUUUAUGGAGAUAAACGAAUGUAUCCCACAGCAGAUUUCACUUUUUUUCAUUUUUGUGCAUAUCUCUCCCUGUAAUACAUGUUAAUUCUCACCACCAGUAAGUGAAUCAUAACUGCCCUGACCCCUUUUAACAUGUCAGUCAACAUCUGACUUCUGAUUGGCUGUGAUGAGCUGCAGCUCUGCUUAAACACUACGUCUUUUGCCCUCAGAGAGCAGAAGUAAUGGUAUAUUUUGGGAAAUCGGGAGCUGUGUGGCCUAUACGCCCCUGGUACUUUGUGUAUGAAUGCUGCAUUCUCUGUGUAUUUUCAGUGUAUAUUCUUUCAGAGGCGACUGUCCUUCGCAGCCAAAGACUGUGUGAAAAAAAUGAAUAAAAAAGGGCAGGGGAGACAUGACAAACGAAAAGCGACAUGAUAAACGUGUAUUAAAAAUGUGAUAUUGGUUCAGCAAUCCGAUUGGGCUGCAUCACUUUAUUUUUUGUUUCAUUUUAUUAUUUUUUUCUCAACAAUGGUGACAGAUUGUCUGCUAAGUUAAAGGAGAAAGGAGCAAAACUAUAUUCAGAAUGGUUUAUUUGUACGUUAGAGGGUCUGACACUUUGCCCUAUAGUCAAUGGUGAUAGAAAAGGUUUUCUUUUUAUGUUUUAUUUUAAUAAUUAAAAAAAUGAGACGAAACAUUUUUUAACAGUUUUUUUUUUUUUUUUUUUUUUUUUUUUUGUGAAUGGUGUAAAGGCCACAAUGAUGUAGUGCAUGAUUCAAGACCAGGUCAGGGAGAGGGGUCUGCCACUCUCAGUAUUAAAAAAGGAAGAAAAAAUGAACAAAGAAAAAAAUAGAAUGGAAAAAAAUAAUGAAAUAAAUGAAGUUACAUCUACAAAAAAAUAAAAUAAAAUGUCAUUAUUUGCCAAGAAGUUGGUAAUUGGUCUCAAUGGGAAUGGUGUAUAAACAGUAAGGCCUUCUGUGACCUGUAUUAUAGUUAAUAAAUCAAUCUUGUAAAA